UCAAACAAGUAAUUUUUCUCCUUCACUGAUGUGCGUUGAUGAGGCAGCACUGAUGGGCACUGAUAGGCAGCACUAAUGAGGUGGCACGGAUAGGCGGCGCUGAUAGGCGGCACUGAUGAUGGGUACUGAUAGACAGCACUGAUAGGUGGCACUGACUGGCAUCACUGCUGGGCACUGACUGGCAGCACUGCUAGACAUUGACUGGCGCAACUGAUGGGCACUGACUGGCACAACAGCUGGGCACCGACUGGUGGACCUGACUGGCAGCACUGCAUUGAUGGGCACUGCUGGGUGGCACAGGUGGGUGGCACUGGUGGGCACAGGUGGGUGCACUGCUGGGUGGCACCGCUGGGCACUGGUGGGCGGCACUGCUGG